UUCAACCAAAAGAUGACCCAUCCAAGCGACAAUAGAGCAUCUAAUAUCAUAGUAAAUCAUGACUUCUCCAAUGGACUCGACUCUUGGCAUCCUAAUUGCUGCGAGGCCUUUGUAGUAUCAGCUGAGUCUAGAAAUCAAAUUGGAUUGUCACGAAAGUCGGGUGGUAAUUAUGCAGUUGUCAAAAAUCGGACAGAACACUGGCAGGGCCUGGAGCAAGAUGUCACAAGCAGAAUUUCACCAGGAUGUACAUACUUUGUUUCUGCUUGUGUUGGAGUAUCUGAGCCUCUUUCGGGGUUUACCAAUGUCAUGGCAACAUUGAAGCUAGAAAAUCAUGGUUCAGCGACUAGCUAUUUAUUCAUUGGAAAAACCUCCAUGUCAAAGGGGAAGUGGGAAACCGUAGAAGGUACAUUCUCGUUAUCAAGCGUACCUAAACGGGUUAUAUUUUAUUUGGAAGGGCCGCCUCCUGGUGUUGAGCUUCUAAUUGAUUCAGUGAUGAUCCAUCCAAGUGCCAAUUCAGCUGCUAAUAUCGUAGUGAAUCAUGAUUUUUCCAACGGACUGUACUCUUGGUAUCCCAAUUGCUGCAAUGCCAUUGUAGUAUCAGCUGAGUCUAACCCAAUGGGAUUGUCACCAAAGUCAGGUGGUAACUACGCAGUUGUCAAAGAUCGCACAGAACACUGGCAGGGUCUGGAGCAAGAUAUCGCAAGCAGAAUUUCCCCGGGUGUUACAUACUCGGUUUCUGCUCGUGUUGCAGUACCGGGGCCUCUUUCAGUGUGUACAGAUGUCAUGGCAACUUUGAAGCUAGUAAACCUUGGUUCAGCACCUAGCUAUCUGUUCAUCGCAAAAACCUCUGUGUCAAAGGGGAAAUGGGAAAUGGUGGAAGGUACAUUCUCAUUAUCAACCGUGCCUAAAAGGGUUAUAUUUUAUUUGGAAGGGCCUCCUCCCGGUGUUGAGCUGCUUAUUGAUUCAGUGGUUAUUAGCUGUUCCAGUUCAAGCAAGUCAGAGAGUACAAGCGAAAGAUUCAAUAUUGCUGGAGACGAGAUCAUCAUAAAUCCUCAAUUUGUAGAUGGUCUUAGUAACUGGUCUGGAAGAGGCUGCAAGGUUGUUUUGCAUGAUUCUAUGGCAGAUGGGAAGAUAGUCCCGCAAACUGGAAAAGUUUUUGCAUCUGCAACAGAGCGCACUCAGAGCUGGAAUGGAAUUCAGCAGGAAAUCACUGGAAGACUGCAACGUAAACUUGCUUAUAAUGUAAUGGCUGUUGUACGAAUUUAUGGUAACAAUGUCACGAGUGCUACUGUACAAGCCACUUUAUGGGUCCAAACACCAGAUCGCCGCGAACAGUACAUUGGAAUAGCCAAAGUGCAGGCAACCGACAAGGAUUGGGUGCAAUUGCAGGGAAAGUUCCUACUAAAUGGUUCCCAAUCAAGAGUGGUCAUCUAUUUAGAAGGCCCACCUCCAGGCACGGACAUUCUUGUCAAUGUCUUAAGCAUAAAACAUGCCGAGAAGAUCCCUCCUUCACCACCCCCAGUUAUUGAGAAUCCUGAUUAUGGAGUUAAUAUAAUUACAAAUAGUCAACUAAGUGAUGGCACGAAUGGAUGGUUUCCUCUUGGUAACUGCAAUUUGAGUGUUGCAUUAGGCUCACCGCAUAUACUUCCUCCAAUGGCUAGAGCUUCCCUUGGUGUCUAUGAACCUUUAAGUGGCCGCUACAUCCUGGUGACAAAGCGUACACAAACUUGGAUGGGGCCAGCUCAGAUGAUCACUGAUAAACUGAAACUUUUCUUGACAUACCAAGUGUCUGCUUGGGUUCAAAUUGGUUCCGGAGCAAGUGGUCCUCAAAAUGUGAACGUUGCACUUUCUGUGGAUGGCCAGUGGGUCAAUGGUGGACAAGUUGAGAUUAAAGAUGGUAGAUGGCAUGAAAUUGGUGGUUCGUUUAGAAUUGAGAAGCAACCAUCCAAGGUUAUGGUUUAUAUCCAGGGUCCAGCCGCAGGUCUUGAUUUAAUGGUUGCCGGACUUCAGAUUUUCCCUGUCGAUCGCGUGGACAGGUUUAAACAUUUGGCUAGGCAAACUGAUAUGACUCGAAAGCGUGAUGUCAUCCUCCAAUUCUCAGGAUCCAGUUCAAGCAGUUUGUUUGGAACUUCUGUGAAAGUCACACAAACACAAAAUAGCUUCCCUAUAGGGUCUUGCAUUAACAGAACCAAUAUAGAUAAUGAAGAUUUUGUUGAUUUCUUUCUGAAAAACUUCAACUGGGCGGUUUUUGGAAAUGAAUUGAAGUGGUAUUGGACAGAACCACAACGAGGAAAUUUCAACUACAAAGAUGCUGAUGAUAUGUUGGCUUUCUGCCAAGACCAUAAAAUAGAAACCCGAGGUCAUUGUAUUUUCUGGGAAGUACAGUCCACAGUCCAGCAAUGGAUUCAAGCAUUGAACAAAAAGGACUUGAUGACUGCUGUUCAGAACCGUCUAACAGGCCUUCUCACACGUUACAAGGGAAAGUUCAGACACUAUGAUGUGAACAACGAGAUGUUGCAUGGGUCAUUUUAUCAAGACCGGUUGGGCAAAGAUAUACGUGCAUACAUGUUUAAGACUGCAAAUCAGCUUGAUCCAUCUGCCACCUUAUUUGUGAAUGAUUAUCAUGUUGAAGAUGGAUGUGACACCAGAUCAUAUCCCGAAAAGUAUAUCGAACAAAUUCUUGAUUUCCAGCAGCAAGGUGCCCCUGUUGGAGGAAUCGGAAUUCAAGGACAUAUUGAUAAUCCAGUAGGACCCAUUGUGAGUGAUGCCCUGGAUAAGUUAGGUGUUCUUGGUCUUCCUAUCUGGUUCACAGAGCUCGAUGUGUCCUCCGUCAACGAACACGUUAGAGGGGAGGAUUUGGAAGUUAUGCUUCGAGAAGCUUUUGCACAUCCUGCCGUAGAGGGUGUAAUGCUGUGGGGAUUUUGGGAAUUGUUCAUGAGCCGGGACAAUGCACAUUUGGUUGAUGCAGAAGGUGAGAUCAAUGAAACUGGUAAGAUAUUUCUUGCUCUUAAACAAGAGUGGUUGUCUCAUGCUCACGGACGUAUCGAUAUUCAAGGACAGUUCGAAUUCAGAGGCUUCCAUGGGACAUAUGUUGUGGAAAUCGAAACCGAAUCUGACAAGGUUUCGAAAACAUUUGUUGUCGACAAGGGUGACUCCCCACUGGUUGUGUCUAUAGAUCUGUAAAUUCUCUUUGGCUGCUAUAGACCUAACAAAUGAGGUAACGUUAGCAUCCUUCACUUCAUGGAUCAUCCAAUAUUGUUUAUGUAAAGCCAAAAAUAUGCGUCAUCAUCGAAAAUCUUGUUAUUAAGAAUAUCAAUUACAUGGGUGUCAUGUCCAAUGUAACA